UUCAACAUGGUGAUGUCAUCAUGUUUGCACCGUUUAGUAUUUAAAAUGUUAAAUUUUGUAAUUGUAGUAUAAUUCAUAGAAGUGGAAAUUUAACCUUAAACAUGAAGUGUUUUGCUGUGCUCACUGGCUAAAAAAUAUUAUGUUUCUGUGGUGUAUAUAAAAAAAAAAAAACUUGUAAAUAUUACCUGAAGUUUACAAAGACAUUCACUUGAAAUUUUGGGAACACCAACCAUGUUUACCAAGUUGAAGAAAAGACUAGAAGAAGAAAAUACUGGUGAAUUGCUGAAAGGAUUGACAGUUACUGGUUCAACCAAUUACAUCCCAGCACUUAGCAGUUUCAUAUCAGGAUCAGCAAGUAACUUGUCAGCAGUUGGAAAAAUAUCAGCAUCUUUGGCCAGUUCUACAGCUGCACGUAGUCGCAGGGCAUCAGCUUCAGAAAGCAGCUCUCCUAAAAUUGCCUGUGUUUCUUUAAAUCACAACCAGUCAGCAUCACCAGGAAAUAAGUUAUCAAAUAACUCUAAAAGGACAAGAAGAUCCAACUCGGAGCUAGUAUCUCUUCAAGGGGCUACAUCUAACAAAGGAACAUCUAUCAUGGGACAUGACUCACAGACUCCAGAAAAGAAUAUGGGAGCCAUCAGAAAAAAAGCUGAGCCAAUGAAAGUACUAGAAGCCAAAGUGAAAGACCUGCAUGAACGUCUGGAAAAUCAGAAGAAAGAGCACGAAGUAACAACUUUGGAAAAGCUGAAACAGGCUAUUUUUGAGAAUGAUGACAAAUGGAUUGUUAAACUUCAGGCAUUGGAAAAGGAAAAGUUGAGGUUGGAAAAUAAGUUGCAAGAAUGUCAAAUUAAACUGGAAAAAUUUGUUGAAAAACAAGAAGAAAAGGAUGAACAGGAUAACUUUCAAAAUCAAGAAAUAGCCGAAAAACAACACCUGUUGCUGAUUAGCUACCAACACGUGAAAGAAUUGGAGGAAAAACUGAAAAGGCAGAAUGAAGAAAUGAGCCAAACGGACAAAAAGGUUAAGGAAAUGGAAGAUAGGAUCGAGCAACUUCAAGCCCAAAUAGAGAAAAAUGAAGAAGAAUUGAGCAGAGUUUGGAUAAUUGAACAUGAUAAAGCAGAACUGGAGCUUGAAGUUGAUCAGCUCAAACAUGAAGCACUUCAGACAAGCAGUAUUCUAGAAGCGAAAGACAGCCAUAUUGUUCAUGUAGAAGAAAGAGUAGCUGUUUUGGAGAAAAGGCUUGAAGAUUCAUCCCUCCCCGAUGACGAAAAAGUGCGAGCUUAUCUAUCAGAGCGAGAGCACUUGGAAAAGAAGUUAAAAGAAUCGCGAGAGCACUUGAGUGAAGUAAAAUCAACAUGGAGUGAGAAGAACAAGAAUUUAGAAACACAAAUAUCCCUCCUUAAUAAGAAAAUAACAGAAGAUGGUGAAGAGUUUUCAAAAUUAGAAAAACAACUCAUUGAAGUUAGAAAGAAAGCAAAACAGAAGGAAGAAGAAGUUUGGACUCUAGAAGAGAAAAUACAAGAAAGAGACAAGGAAUUAGCUAGACUGAGAGUGGAGUAUGAAGAAGAAAUCAGUAAACUAACUUCUGAAGCCCAUAACAAAAAACAGGAAUUAGAAGGCCAUAUCUCACUGUUAGGAUCUUCUCUAUCAGAAAUGACAGUACAAAAGCAGAGGGAGAGUGAUGAAGCACAAAGAAGGAUAAAUGACUUGAUGGCAGCUAAAACAAAGUACUUAGAAAAAGAGACAGGAAUGGAGAGUCAAAUGGCAUUCUUAAGGGAUGAAAAUAUAAAAUUGAAGGAAGGCUUUAGAAAGAAGGAAGGAGAGUGUGAAAUCCUGUCUCAAAGACUUCAUUCAUCUAGUAAAGAGUUUGAUUGUGCAUCCAACAGAAUUGAGCAGUUGGAAAAAGAGUUGAAGACACAAUUAUCUUCCCUAGAAGAAGUUCAAGAGGUUCUUAAGCAGCGAGAAGCUGAAUUGCACACUGUAACACAAGAGAAAGACAGUUUAAUGAUAAGGAAUGCGGAACGCUCGAAUCAACUAGAACUUGUGCGACAAGAACUCAGGGAAUUAAAAAUGCAGCAAGAGACAGAAGAAGUUCAAGGGAAAGAAAGAAAGAUCGAUGAAUUUGAGAAACAAGCCACACAACAUGUGGAACUUUCAGCCAGGGUGUUAGAACUAAAGUCUGUUGUAGAAGAUCUUGAAGAACAACUAGCUGACAGAAACAAGACCAUCAAGUUACAACAACAGAGGUUAGUGGAUAUGAAGAAAACUCUUCAAAAAGAAUUUCGGGCUCAGAAAAACAACGAUAACUUCAAGACAUCUGACAGUGUAGAACUGGGCUCGUCUUUUCCCUCUCACCUAAAUGUACUAGAGCACCAAGGUUCUAGCCAUAAUCAAAAUCACUUGGACCUAAAGAAAGAUGAUGUCAACUUUAAGUACCUAAGACAUGUCAUCUUGAAGUUCAUGACAUCCAGGGAGUGUGAGGCUCAGCAACUCAUUAGAGCUGUAUCAGUGCUUCUUCAUUUUACUCCUGAAGAAGAAAGACUUAUUAAAGAAACUGUGAACUGGAAGAUGUCAUGGUUUGGGACCAAACCUGAAUUAUCAAAAGGUCACCUCAAGUCUGGGGUGUUUGUACCUUUUUAGCCUCUGAGGAUUGUUUUCAGACUGUUAGCUAAAACAGUUGUGAAGCAACUAAACCAUCUCCAGAAAUUUGUAGAUAGUUUAAACAAAUGGCUACGAACUGAAAGUUUGGUUUCUACAGAAACUAUUCUCAAAUCAUAUAUCUUAUAAGGCAGAAAUAUAGUAACACCUAGUCUGAUUUUGAAGGUUUAUAUACUACAGGGUCAAGUUGAAAGAAGGGUUGUGUAAGAGUAUCAGUAUAGCCGUACUACAGGGUCAAGUUGAAAGAAGGGUUGUGUAAGAGUAUCAGUAUAGCCGUACUACAGGGUCAAGUUCAAAAACGGGUUGUGUAAGAGUAUCAAUAUAGCCGUACUACAGGGUCAAGUUGAAAGUUGUUGAGGUCAUUUAGCAUUGUGCACUUUUAACAUAAUUCGAGUUUUGUGUGUGUUUAGUGUUUUUAAUUAUAAGGAAAUUAUGCCAAAGUUUUGAGGGCUUCACUGUUUUAAAAAGGUUGAUAUUCAGUAGGCUUUAACUGUUUUUUAAAAGUUGUUUCUUAAGAUGUUUAAUAAAGUAAUUUCACACUUUAUAUCUCUUGGUUUUUAUGAAUUUAGCAAAUGCUGAAAUACUUAUUUUAAGUAUGUAAUUUUUUCUAUUAAUCUUAAAGUUGUGAAGUUUCGGUGGAGAUUUCUCAACGGGCUGUGCUAUUUACAUUUAUAUCUUCACAUGUCCACUUCUUUCAAGUGCACUUAACAUGGUGAUGUAGUUUGUCAGACUUGAGUGAUAGCCUUACUCUUUAUUUUAUAAUGUAGCUAGUAGCUGUAGAUAAUGUGUUGCUUAGAAAGUGAACAAAAUACUGUAAAGGUAAUAGAUAAUACUCCAGCAUCCUCUCAUUGAGUAUGGUGUUUAAUGACUUCCAACAGCAAGUGUUUAUAACAUAUUUUGAAACUACCCAUGAAAUAUGGACAUUUGAGUAUCUUCUUUUCAUAAGUGACUGUUAGUAUGUAGACCAAAGUAUACUCUUGACUCUUUAUGAUGGUUUACUGAAGUAAACAGUCUGUUCUUUAAUGUAAAAUUGAUUGCUGCUUCAUUCCCUGAUCUUGUUAUGUAAUUACCCUUGUUGUUUGAGAAUUAAGGCCUAGUGGUUAAGAUGUUCAUUUUGUGAUCAGUUGUGGGAUUGAAUGGGCACACUGCCUUGGUCUGUACUGCAACAAGGACUCCACCCAUUUAACACGGGGUGUGGGGGGAACCUAGGCUAUUAUUCCUGUAACUUACAUCUUUACGUUGCAGAGUCUGGACUCGUCGUCUUGGCUCUCACAUGAUGACUACUUUGUCAUCAUCUGUAUAUAUCAAAGUUGAAUAUUUUUGCUAGCUAUUUCAGUUACGUUUUUUUUUCUUUCUUAAUCUGAUGAUUAAAUUUAAGGAUUUCUUGAAACUUUUACAUCAUCUGUUUGACCCAUUAAGACGUACAUAAUGACUAGUGGUUCUGUUAUUUAUCCAAGUAUAGCUUACUUAGCGACAUGAUAAUUAUAUAUACAGGUAGUUAUAUCUAAGUUUGUAUUUUUAAAAACUGUGUUAGUUAGUUUUGUUAGUGGUUAUAUAAAGUGUGAAUAAAAACAGUUCUCAAAACUGUGUUAUGUUGAGAGCCUUAAAGCGUAUGCCCCAGUUUCAGGUGGUUUUGAAAACUUUUAUGUUGAGAACAUUAAAGCAUAUGCUCUAGUUUUGAAUAGUUUUCAAAACUAUGUUAUGUGGAUAACAUUAAGUAUAUGGUCCAGUUUUGUAUAGACAUGAGAACUACUUUAUAUUACAAAAGAUUAAUGUAAUUCUUCUAUUUUGGUGGAAGUUUGAAAACUACUUUAUGUUGAAAGGAUUAAUGCAUAUGCUCCAGUUUUGGAGAAAAUUUGAGCCACCCAGUCAUUCCUUAUUAAAAAGAGGGGGAGGGGUAGAAUUUGUGAUCUAUCACCUGGAAAAGUUCCAAUAAUUGACAGGUGUUAUUAAUUAUAAUCGUGCUUUGCUACCUUUUGAAAUAGUGUUCUGGUCACUAAUGUGUUUGUUGUGUCCCAGCCAACCUGAUGAGUUCUGGAUUGAGUGAAAUGACAGUUGAUAUGGUGAACACUGUGGUUGGAAUACUACUACUGUACACUCUUCUAAUUCUUGAAAAUCCAUAAGGGACUUGUUAAAAAUGUAGAGUAUAAUAGGCCUAACACUGGUGUCUUAUGAUAAGUAUAAUUAAGUAUUUACAUAAGACUACAUUCAUUUUCAACACAAGAUCUUAAAAGAGUUAUACAUACCACUUUUUUAACUAUUGUGACACAGGAAAUGUUUUUAUAAAACCUUAUAUUGGAGAGGAAACACCUUUUUUUUUAAAUUUAUUUACUUUGUUAAACCAGUUUAAUUGUAACCUCCAUUAUAUAGCUUCACAGUGUCUGUUUUCUCUCGCUUUAAUUGAAAGUUUUGGCAAAGAAAGCCCUUUAAUAUAAAAUAAGAAACCUUGAAUUGCUGUAAUAUUUUUGUCCACUUUUUUUUUUUUGGAGUUUCACUGUGUAGUGUAUUUAAUAACGUAGCUAAAUGCAUUUACAUUAUAUGUUCUUGGUUUUGGUCUUUUUGAUAAAUUGCAUCAAUAAUGUAUGGGAUUAAAGUGUAACUUGCUUUAUUUUAAAAAGCUGUAAUUUUGUUGUUGUUUUUUUAUUGGUAUCUACAGCUUGUAACUUGUAUAUGUUAGAGGAAAGUUUAUCAAAGUAUAAAUCAUUUUUUCUUUUAACAUCUUUAUGUUGUACAUGUGUCCGGUCAGAAGUGUUUGAGAGAGAGAGAUGGGAUGAUCUUUCAUCGUAAGAAAAUUGUUUUCUAAUUUUGUGAUAGCUCUGGUACAUUUGUUGUUUUCAGUGUGGUGGGGUUGCUACAUCAAAGAAUUUCCCUCGUAUACAUUUCUAAUCGGUAUUGUUUUUUAUUGCAUCUUGAUGUGAAACUUAUGUGGACAAUUUUUAUAUUCAGUAUAUGCUUUAAAUCAAGAAAUGAACAAGAUUCACAAAAACAAUGAAACACUAAUAGUUUAGGUGAUACAACCUAUUUGUAUGUGUAUAGAAAAAUACGUGCAGAAACAAAAAGAUUAUAUAGAUAUAAAUUUUAUUAACUUCAUUAAAACACAAAAUUAUUAAUUUUUGAUAGCUUAGGCAGAGUAUUCAGAUUGAGCUGACUGUGAAAUGGGCAGCUAGUGCCUCCUAGAGAAACACUUGUAGAAAUAUAUUGGUGACUAUACAAUCUACUUAUGCAGAUUAAGUCUAGGGGAUGAUGUUUCAAAAGUCUUUUGUCUUGGGGUCACUUUGAGCUUUGACUUAGCAGGUAUUUUGAUUUAAGAAUUCUUAAAUGAAGUCCCCCAUUUUUUUCUCUUCGUCCAACUUGUGGCUGAAGAUUUUACAGAAAGAAAGAAAUUAAUAAUUAUACAGAGAGGAAAUAAUGAGGAUGUAAAAAAAUAAAACUAAUAAUAACUAUGGUCUUGAUGAUGAUAUUAAUUGUAUAAUCUAGAUUUAAGUACGCGAGGAUAAUGAAGAUCAAGCAAGCAAAAAAAUCUCGGAAAUAUAAAAACAGACUGUCUAUAGUGUAUCAUUAAUUAAAAUUCAAACAUUGGCACCCUCAACGGCCUUGGCCUUUUGGGUGUGAAUCUAUAGAUCCUACACUUAGGUUUUUAAUGUGAGAGGAAAGUGGAAGAACCUUGAGAAAAAUCAACUUUUACUACCCAGAUGCCAAAUAAUCUAUGCAGAUAGUGCCCGAGUUGUGGGGCUAAAAAGGUUGUUGAUUAGUAUGUACAGGGUGUCCAUAAAUUGUGCCCCAUUUUAAAAAUUAAUAACUUCAAAAAUAUUACAGAUAGAACACGCUGGUUUUAUUUAACUUGACGUACAACUCUUGUCUUAGUAUACUUCCACGUGUGCACUGUUUGUUGCUCGAAGAAUGUCUAGUUAAUAUUCUAUCUCCCUCCAGGGUUGUUCAUCAUCUCAGAUUAUUCUGUGGCGAAGAUCCACAAUAUCACCUACAGGUCUCUAAUAUACCUGAUUUUUCACAACCCCCCACAAGAAAAAAUCCAAUGGGGUUAUGUCAAGGAACAUGGGGGGACCAUCAUGUUGGUUCAUCUGUCUGGGAAUGUGUUAUUUGGGAACUCCUGGACCUCAAGACUACUGUCUUGUUGAAAAAUAACAUAAGGAAAACAAACAGUUAGAGCUUAUUUAGGUAAUUUGUCACAGUUGUUUCAGCAAAGAAAAAUGGCUCGAUAAUUCUAUCAUGCAUCAAGCCACACCACACAAUAAUCUCUAGGCUGUCAUGUUUGUGCUCGUACACCACAUGUGGGUUUUGUGACUCACAAAUACAGACAUUAUGGCAACUGACAUGUAGUCUUGUCUGAAAAUAAAACCUUUGCCAGGUAUUCAUUAUUCUAAUCUAUCCGAUCAAGGAUUUCCACUGUAAAGUCCUUGCAUCUUUGUCCAUCAUCUGAUUCGAGGGCUUGCAGUAAUUGUACUUUGUAGACAUGUAAAUAAUGUCGUUUGUGUAAAACUUUGUUCACUGUGUAUUUUAGCAAGUUAAGAUCAAGGGAAGUAUGACAAACGGAUUUCUUAAGAAACACCUAUUGUACUCGAUCAAAAAGGUUGAAAAGCGAGCUUAAGUGGGUUAGUAGGUUAAAUAAGGCAUUUUUAAUAAGAAUGAUGUUACUGAUUGUAUCCUAGCCAGAUGCAAAGUUCUUAAGUUUUUUUUUGUGUGAAGUUUGAUUUUGACUGUUGUGAUGUGUUUUUUUUUAUGGUGUCUGGAGUUAGUGACGGGGAAGUUGGGGGGUGUUAAAAGUGGUUCUUCUCUGUUAUAAAGGUGUUAACUGUUUGAAUACUGUUGUUGAAUGAAGCACAGUAGGGUGUGAUGAAAGUUUGGUGGAAAUAACGGACAAAUAAUUUAGCUUUUCCUGACACAUUACUGCACUUUUGCUGUUGUAAGUUAUAUUAUUAAUGUUUGAUUUUUUUCCAGAAUAAAAAUGGGUGGGUUUUGGUGGCAAAAGUCAUGCCAUUUUUUUUUUGUUGCUAAUUCAAUUAUUAAGCAGUUGUUUGGUUUAUUGCAGCCUUGAUUUUGUUAUCGCUGGUAUAAAUGAAAAGUUUUCUGUGGGUGAUAAGUGUUUUUAUUUGCAGGGUUAUCAACGAGUUACGUGUGUGGGUAUUGAUUAUUUUGCUGGGAAUGGUUCUGAUGCUCUGGGGUGAGAUACUGUGUUAUAACUAGGAAUGUUAAAGUUAGAAUUAUCUUUUAAUCUAGUUUCAUUGAUAAUGUCAGCAUUAGUACUAUUGCUUAGAUUAUAGAGUUAAUAUUUUUUAGUGGCUAGGUCACCUUGCAUAUUAAUGUGUAAGAAACAUACCAUACAGUAAAAUCAAAUUAAGGUAUUUACCUGUAGCAGUCUUCAGGCACGGGUUGGUUGGUGGCAGUGAUCCUACUGAAUGUGUGUCCCUCGAGUUCUUCGGGUGUAGGUCCCUGCAUGUGAAGAUAGAAGAUGGCAACUUGUGUGAAGAAGAGGUUGUGUUUGCUGGUGACCUGGUGUUCUUAAGAUGCUUGUUGGAGAACCACGUUUAACAUAGAUGGCGAGGAGGGUAAUGAUUGGAUAAUUACCAUCAUGGGUAUUACAUAAAAUAUAUUCAUUAUUUGAGGUAAUUUGACUGUUUUGGAAGACAAUUUUAAUGUUCUUUUUGUAAAUUAGGGCAAUGCUCCUAGUGCCUGUUAAUUGGGAUGUUAAUUUCAUAUUGUAACCAGGUAAAUUAAAACUUCAUUUAUUAUUAUAUCUGUGUCUUGGCUGCUGCUGCAAAGUUCAUUCUUUUUGUGAUGAAGUCUCCCUGAAUAUUUAAAUGUAGUAAGAAAAUGAUUUUAUCCACAUUCUGUGCUAGGGAAAUAGGAUCCAGGUUUUCCAGCUUUAGAUAGGAAUUUGCAUCCUAGCAGAUCUCAUGAUAGAGUUAGAGCAGACCUGGAUUUCUUCAGGUAUUCCUGACCUAUGGCUAGGACCUUAACGAUGAAGGCCACGAAGUGUUCACUGAAUCCACCUUGGUAUAAACAUUGAUGGUGUGGAGUUUGAGUCUGUGAGCUGGCAGCUUCAGCCUAUGUUUUUGGUCAAGCUUGUGUUGAAGGCUUCACAGGAGGUGGUGGGUGACUGGGUUUGUCCCCAAGAGAAAGACGUUAUGGUGGCUUACUUGUUUGUUGCAGCUGAACUGGAUUGGCAGUGGUUGGAACAGUGAGGCCCAACUUGUUCUUGUGUAGUUCCAUCACUUGUUUAAAUUUUGGACAGCUGUGAUAGGUUGGCAAGUGGGAUCAGUUACUGUAGCAGGUUUCUUAGCGAGGCUUGUUGCACUCACUGACAGGGUGGAGGCCUCCACACCUGAUGCACCUGGCUGAAGUCUUGCAGGUGGCUUGUGUGUGCAUAAACUGCUGGUGUUUAAAAUACUGGCUUACUGUUGUUGCUGGAGAUUUUUGGUGGGUUCCACAAGGUACUCGAUGAACCAGGAGGCUAUGCCUUUGUUGAUAAGUUUCUUGGCAAUGUCAGCAUCCUGGAAUGAGACUUUAAUUAGUGUAGUGUGUUUACAUGUUUUGAAAAAAUGAAUUCUUUUGAUGGAAGUUGGAUGAGUAUUCUGAGCCUCCAAUUCUUUGGCAUCAUCAGUAGUUAUAUCAGAUGAUAUGUUCCUGUUGACCAUGUAGGUUUUUCUAGCAGGGCUUCAGGUAUAUGAAUGGUGACACAGGCUCUGUGGAAUACUGUUGAUGGCCAGGACUUGAGAAUCCAGCUGUAAUCCUGUGGUUGGCAGCACUUGACAACAAUUCCACCCUUGGGGAGUCGUUGAACUUCACUGAAGGUGAUCCUGGGAAAACUGACUUGAUUUCCUGAGUGAUGUCUGGCUCCUAAAGGUUGCAGGAACACCUUCAAUGAUAACUGAUGGAGACAGCAGGUUGUUCUUUUUUUCCAAAAUUUGUCUGAGUCAAUGAUUCUAGUUUUGUCCCAGUCUAUUUUGUGUCCAGUUGAUAUAGUUCUGCAAUGGCUGAAUUCUGUGCUGUCUUUGUGUUCUUUUAUUCUUGUCCCAGGUUGUCUUCCUGUUUCUCAUUUGUAGGUUUCCAUUCAUUUUUGACCAGGAUAGAUCUUGUUGUUUUGUAAGAUUUCCAGCAGAAGUUUAUAUUGAACAUCUUGGCUAUACAUUUAAGUUUUUCUUUUACGUUUUGCACGUAGUGGGGAGGUAAACAGUAGUAGUACUAUUCACCUUAUCUUUUCUUUCUGUUGUGGUCUUUUAUGGGGGAAUUUAUAAUGAAGGUAGAAGUAUAGCCAUUAUGUUUAAAACACCUUAGGAUGUUUGAUGAAUGUCCCACCACAGAUGUUUUCAGCUCUCUUGUUCAGUCAUUGGAGUAUACUGCAUUUUAUGGAAGUUAGAUGAUAGGUUUGGAUGUGUAGGUAUCUGUCAGUGUGGGUAGGUUUUGUGUAUACAGUUGUAGUAAUUUUUCCUUUUUGUCUACUGGUGAGUAUCUCAAGAAAUGGUAGACUGUUUUGUUUCUCUAUUUCCAUAGUGAAGUGGAUUCUUUUGUCUAUGGAUUUAAGACGUUCUAGGAAGGCUAGUAAGUUUUCUUGACUGUUUCAUAAACAUAGCACUUAUAAAAAAAUUAGUUUUACAUCUGUAAAUGAAAGGGAUCAAAGUCUUCCAGGAAAAUGUCUGCUAAAACUGGAGAGUGAUGAUCCCAUGGCUAGAUUUGUUCCUAGAAAUCUUCAUUGUAGGCAACUAGUCAUUAGUUCCAUGAUGGCUGUAUCUUCAUGUCAAUUCCGUGUGUUACAAGAGUUAUCAUUCAACAAUCUUUGUUUGGUAAUGCAAAGGAUUUCUGAGGUCAGAACAUUAGUAAACAGGUCUAUGACAUUUAAAGAUAUAAAACUUUCAUAAUGUCGUUCUUUACAAUUGAGCUGCAUAAACAGAUUGUAUAGUCAACAAUAUAUUUCUUAUAGGAUUAUAUUAUCCCAGCCCCCACUCUCUUUAACAAUUUAAUCAUAAUAUCUUUAACUCAAUCGAUCUCUCAGAAAUCUAUUGAAACAGAAUUGCACUCACUUAGUCUGCUCCAGUCCUUUUCGACUGUUCUCUCUCUGACUGACAUCUUUACCACAUGGACAAACAGAUGCACAUGUUUUGCUCUGAUUACAGAGAACGACAGUCUUUUCACAGCUCUCCCGGCAGGCUUGGGUCAACAUCAUCCUCGUCUCCAAGCAUCUCUCAACAACCCACUCUCUAUAUUAAACUAAGACCAGUGGCUAUAUCAAACUUUGUUUGACCUUAAACUUUUCAACUGCAUGAAGUGAAAGGAAGCAAAAAGUUUCUGACCACCAGGGUUUUUUUCAGGCCCCAAGAUUUUGAAACCUAAAUUCCUGCCAUGAAUUUGAUUUGAAGAUAUUUCUAUAAACGUUUCUCCAAUAGACAGUAACUACUCAUUUCACAGUCAACUCAGUAUUAAUUAUCAAUUAAACAAUAACAUUUAAAUAAACUUCAUUAACAAAAAAAGCAAAUGGAAAUUUUAUUAAUCACCUUUAUGUGACAUUACAUGUUACCUGUCUAUCAGCAAGGUAAGAAGUCAAAGGAAUUGUUUUAAAUAUUCCUGGUGAUACUCUAGUAUGUGUAUACAUACAUACAUACAUACACAGAUUACCACCAGUUAAUAUGUGUUAAAUUUUAAUUUCGAGAAUUUUAUUUUUCUAUAUUUAUCAUAGGAAUACAAAAAAAAAACCCUUAAUUUCUGUAAUUGUUAAACACCCAAUUUCUACCUGUAGAUUGUUAAAAGGAUUAUAAAACCCUUACCUGAAUAGUUCAAUAAUAAUUGAUCAUCCAUCCUCUUCCCUUUCAAUAUCAUGCACUUAUGAACUUUUCUGACAAAUGUUAUAAAUUUCAGUUAAUCUUGUUUUGUGUCUUUGUUGUUGGUGUAACGGUGAAUUAUUUUCGACAAUUUUUUUUUUAUAUUCCAUUGGUGCUGAACAUUCUAAUAUUUUGAGUUAUGAAAAGCAAUAUGAAAAUUUGUCUUAAGUUUUGUAUUUUCUCAUCAUUCUUAUAUAAAUGCUGAACAUUUGCCCAUAUAUUUUUGGAUGUAGAUAAUUUGAUUAUUUUCAUUUAUAUAUACAGUGCUAAAUGGAGAAGUUUAAUUCAGUUGUCAAAAUGCUAAUCUUCUGCACUUUUCAGUGUGAUAAACUUUAAUGUAAAGAUUAUUCUUAUUCAUAAUUCAAGUUGAACAUAAAGAUCAUGUUAUAUUUAU